AUGGUUGCUCCUCUUGCACUCAUCUUCAUGACCCAGUGGAUGCUGCUGAUCACCCAGUUGUGUGUUGGCUGGCACUGCACAAACUCAGAGAUGCCAGAUUCACCUAUUAGAAUGAAUCAGUGGAAAAUGGAACUGAGAUGGAUGAGCAGCAUGAAUUUCGCUGAGGACUGGUGUUCAAUGAAAGACUAUAAUGUAAAGCUACUGUAUGAAAUUUUUCAGGCAGAGAAUACGAAGUGCAUGUUUGGAAAUAUAGCACCUCCUCUUCAUAACGGGGCAAGCUUUUCUGUUACAGCAGUGAACACAAAUGGCACAUACUCAAGCAUAUGCAGAUAUAUUCCUCAAGGCAUGAAUGGGUCGGCCAUUGAAAACUUCUCCUGUGUGAUUUAUAACGUUUCCCUCAUGAACUGCACUUGGCAAGCAGGCUGGAAUGCUCCAGCAGAUACCCAAUAUUUUCUCUACUGGCAGAACUCAAGAGGCAACAAUUUAACGGAAUGUGAGCAUUACAUUAAAGAGGAAAAUGGCAGAAACACAGGAUGCAGAUUCAAAAAUGUAAAUAUAGAGAUUGAAAAAGCUUACUUCCGGGUAAACAGAUCUAACAAAGACUCCUCGAUGCAGUUCUAUGAUGAGUACAUUCAACUGUAUAAAAUUGAAAAGCUCAUGCCUCCAUCAAAUAUCACUGUCAACUGUGAUGAAAUUAAAAAUGAUUGCAUAAUUCAAUGGCAACGACCUCAAACAAGUCAUUCUACCACAGACAAGUGUUUUAAAUAUGAAAUCAACAUAAAUUAUAAG